AUGAUGAGGUUCAUUUCAGUAUCAAUGUAUAUAUAAGGAUGAAGUGCUGUGUGCAAGUUCGACAGUUGUGCCGUUACGUCCAGCAACACAAACGCUAUUAUACCUGCGCUCUUGCCAGGGAGAAUUCAACUGCAAACAUGGCAAAACUGAGUUUUCUGCUACUAAUAGCGUUAUGCUGUACAAUAGUCACCAAAGCCCAAGUCCCAAAGCCAGCACCGCCAACCCAUUGGAACUAUCAACAUCCGAAUGAAUGGAAGGAACAUUUCUCAUCUUGCGGAGGGGAGCAUCAAUCGCCCAUCAACCUCGAGCUGAGCAAAGCCGCUGCUGUCGAUUAUCCCAGAUUCAGUUUGAACAACUACGACCAGGUCUUCCCCGAAAUGGUGACCAACAACGGUCACACAGUCAUGAUGCGUGUGGAGAGUGGGGGCAAAACCGCUGAAGAGUUGCCGUUCAUUACCGGUGGAGGAUUAACAGACCGUUUCAAUUUUUUCCAACUCCAUUUUCAUUGGGGUAAAGACACGCUGAGAGGCAGCGAGCAUUACAUCAAUAAUCGACAAUAUCCAGCCGAACUGCACAUUGUCCACUACAACGCUAAAUACGGAAGCUUUAACGACGCUGUCGUUCAUCCGGACGGAUUAGCCGUCUUGGGAAUUAUGAUGGAGUUGGAGGCUAGAGAUAACAUUGCCUUCCGCCACUUGGAACAUUUCGACGAAAUUAUCAACCCCGACGCGGCUAAAAAGAGUGUCUUGUCCUAUUCCUUUCCGCUGAUGGAUCUUAUUCCCGACCGAACCGGAAGCUUCUACCGAUACAACGGCUCGCUGACUACUCCCGGCUGUAACGAGGACGUCAUCUGGACGGUUUUCGACACCCCGAUCGGUAUUUCCGAACGCCAGUUGCGCAUCUUUCGAAAGUUACACGACACUGAAGGCCAUGAGAUGGAGGAUAAUUUCCGUCCAGUUCAAGAGUUGCACGAUAGAGUGCUUACUUACCGCCCGGAAGAUCCCAACAUGGACGAAUAAUUUCUUUCGUAUAUUUAAUUUUGGAGGAUUGUUGAUUCCCGUUUGCUGUUAUAGGCCUACUUACUACGCAAGACGAUCCGUGGCAAUCGCUAAAUUGUGAAUAAAGAUCAAAUUCUGUUGUAUGAAUUAAAAUAAUACAGCCUAUCAUUAACAAGAAAA